AUGAAGGCCGAUGCCCAAGACAAUGCUCGUGUCCCGGUUGGCAAACUAUAUGAACACAUUUUCAAGGACUCAAAUAAUGCUGCUUUCAUAUCAGCAACGCUCAAUGCCAUUUCCAACGAUCUCGUUGCCACCAAAGACGAAGCCAAUACUCUGAUCUUCUGUGACGAGGACGCGAGAUUCAAAGUUGCCACAGACGAAGAGGCGAAAUGCAAGAACUCUCAGCGUACGAAAAAGCUCAUAAUCGACAGAGUUAGCGAUAUUGUCUACGAUGGUCACACGCUUUGUUCUAAGACGGUGGGACGCGCAACGAUGGGCGGCACAUACUGCAACAACAAAUUAAACGACGAGAAGAGGUGCUCCAUAACACUAUGUAAAGACGGUAUCUUCUUUAAGUCUACCCAACGACGAGGAGGCUUAUACAGAUUUCAAGAAGGCAACACCGAUUUUUCCAUCGAUGAUGGUGCCGCAGAGUCGGGGCCGUUGAUAGACAACUGGAAUUUGUUGGACACCGUCAUUCUUCACGAAGUACAAUGCACAGAUCUUUGUCCUUCCAGGCUAACGUUCUCAGAUAACUCACACAAUACACAACGAAGAUGCGCAACCGUUUCCGAUGUGUAUGUAAAUCCCCUGGCUUAA